AUGCGGGCCCUUGUGCUUAAUGCCGAAACUCGAACCGCGGAACUCCAGUACGUCUCCCUACCAGUGCAAGCACCAAACGAACUUUUGGUUAAGGUUGAGGCCAUCUCACUCAACCCUAUAGACCCACUCUACGUCCUGCAUCCAUUGGCAAGCUCCGGUCGAAAAAUUGGAAGCGACUUUGCCGGCUUAGUCGUCGAUGUGGGAGCGUCAGUCCCGAACUCUGCUCACUUUAAGAAAGGUGUCCGUAUUGCUGGAUUCUUGCAAGGUGCUUGUAGCGUUAAUGAGCGGGCCGGCGCCUUUUCGGAGUUCCUGACUGUCCCAUGGGAUCUCGUUUGGAUAAUACCGAACGGCGUCUCAACAAAUGAGGCUGCGAGUGUGAGCCUUGUGGCUCUGACUGCCGCACAAGCGAUCUGGUACCGUCUUCAACUAAAAGCGCCGUUUCAUUAUGAACCAAAACUAGCCCUCGAGGAGCACCCAGAAUGGAACCAAGGCAACGCAUUCAAUGAACAGGACCCCAAAGUUGUCAACUUCUUCAUCUAUGGGGCUUCCACUUCAGUCGGCUUGUACGCUGCUCAAAUGGUACGACUAACUGCGAAAGCAAGCGGGAUGACGAUCAGACUAUUUGGUGCUGCAAGCAAAGCUCGAUGGGAAAUGUUGAGAGCACAACCGUACGCAUACGAUUAUCUCGUAGACUAUCGCGACACCAAUUGGUCGGAGCAAGUCAAGAAGCUAGCUGACGAUUCUGAAAUUCACUACGCUUAUGACUGCAUCGCUGAAGGCGACACAGUACAGCGCAUUGCCUCGACCCUCACACGGGGUGGGAAGAGCGCUAUCGUAAGGUCUCGAGAAGGCGGAACCUGGAAAGCGGAUGAUCUCUCUGUUGAGCCAAUAUACGGCGCGGUAUGGGAAGGUCUCGGAGAAGAAGUUCAAUAUCAAGGCUUCACUGUGAAACAGUCGCCUGCCGCCCGCGGCUUUUCAGUGGCGUUUUAUGAGUGGCUCAGCGUGGCCAUGGGUUUGGAGCUAAAACCGACCCCGGUUCGAUUGAUGCCCGGUGGAUUGGAAAAAGUAGUGGAGGAUGGUUUCCAGUUGCUUGGUGCGGGUGGUAUGAAAGAUAGAAAAGCCAAGCGGCCAGAGGAGUGGAUGCGGCCAGUUAGCGCUGAGAAGCUUGUGUACAGGGUCUAA